AUGGCUCUGUGCUACACUAUGGUCGUGGGCCUCAACAAGGGCCACAAGUUGACCAAGAAUGUGAGCAAGCCCAGACACAGUCGUAGCCUCGGGCGCCCAACCAAACACACCAAGUGUGUGCGGGGCAUGAUCCAAGAGGUAUGUGGCUUCACCCCAUACGAGCGGUGCACCAUGGAGUUACUGAAGGUCUCCAAGGACAAACAAGCCCUCAAGUUCAUCAAGAAAAGGGUGGGGACACACAUCCACACCAAGAGGAAGCGGGAGGAGCUGAGCAAUGUCCUGGCCAUCAUGAGGAAAGCUGCUGCUAUGAAAGACUGAGCUCCCUGUCCUGUCCUCUCCC